AUGUCCAGCUUGUCUUCCACUACAGCCUACACGCCUUUGGAGUCGCUGCUAUUGUUCCAGGCCCUGCGACACGAAGCGAGCAAUAACAACAACAAUGACCAAGGCACGUCAUUCAGCUUCAAUCGCAUCUCCGAGCAAUUGCACGCCGUUGCUGCGAUCCGGAACGAUGCCUCGUACGAUAGUGGCCGAUUGAGUCCCGAUGCGCUGCGGGAGUUGUAUUUGUGGUUGUUGAAGGAGGAGGUGAAGCGGGACUUGCAGACCAAGGCUGCAGAGGUGGAGAGUCAUGCCACGACGACGAAUGGUGAUGGUGACGCUUCGCCUGGCUCCAGGAAACGAAAGGCUCCUAGUCCGACGUUGCCUACUGUGCAGGAAGCCACCCAGCAUGCGCAUCUGAUUCCGCAACUCGUGACUCGCCUGUAUGCGACGUACCGUGAGAAGACGAUCAAGGAGAUUCGUGACCAUGAGCGCAAGUAUGAUGCUUUGUCGCGCGAUCUUGCGGAUAUUGAUGCUGGGAAAUGGGAUGAACGAUCGAAGCGAGGGACGUCAGCUACUCAGAGCCCGAGGCCUUCAACCAGCGCGCAUGUGCAGACUGCUUCGCCUAGACCGGAUGGACCUCAAUCCACCAAGAGCAACCAUGUUGGCUCACCACUGUCUCAGACACAACCUGAGGGAGAAGUGCAGCCACCUAAACGAUACUCCCAGGCCAAGAUUGACGCAGUCAUGAACCAUGAUCCGGAGCCACCGCAGGCAUCAAACAACCAUCGCAGGACAUCAUCAAAUACGACUCUGCCACCGCUGUCCGAAAUGGCGCCACAGUCACCUCACUAUGGCAUCCCACCGAAGAUGCCUACAUCCCACUCUACUAAUAUGCCGUUGCAUCUGCAGCAGCAACCACAAUACGGCCACCCACCACAGCCCGUCCAGCAUGCACCGUAUCAGCCAUCGCAUGCACAUUCCAUGGCUAGUCCGCAGCUACAAAACCCCAUGUCUCGGCCUUCAUCCUCACCCAGACCGAUCUUGCCACCACCUCCCGGCAUGAAACUACCUCCGCCUUCGCCAGUGCAGAUGAAUGCAUCCCCUAUCAUGCGAGGAUCGUCUCUACAGCAGCAGCACUACCCACCGCAGCAUCGCGCAUCGAUGGGACCCUCGCCGACUAAUAGUCAGCCUCCUCACGGUUAUCCGCCGCCUUUGCCACCUCCAUCCGGAUACUACCAGCCUCAGCCACAAUACAUCGACCGUAGGACGUCAUAUCCAGCCCAGCAACCACAUCAACAACAGCCGCCACGUUAUGCGCCGCAGCCUACUCAUCAAGGUGGCUAUCAGUUGCAACCAUGGCCUGUGGACAACUCGCAACAGCCGAGGCAACCGCCACCCGCGAGACAGCCAUACUAUCCCUCGCAGCCGCAGCCGACACGACCGCAGCAGACCACUACACCUAGAGCGCCUGCAUACCCUCCUACGUACCCUGCCACAGCCCCACGACCAGCAGCACACUCGCAGCCUAAGCUCAUCACCGACAUCGUUGCUGUUCUUGCGACGCCUCCACGAGCCGAGAGGAAGCCGUUGUGGAAGAGUGCACAUCGUCCGCCACCCAUCAGCAUAUCUCAGGAACCUGCUCGACCAAUUGCCGAGCCGCUCAGUCCGGUUCUGCAGCGAAGAUCGCCCACUCGUCCACAGCGGGGCGUACGCGGGAAAGCGGCUGAUGCUGCUGAGCCAAAGACCGAGCCUACCAGCGCCCCGCAGUCUAUUAAAGGCAGGACGCGCCGCGCUCGGGAACGCAGCCCACACAGUGCCACCUCUUCCACUGCUGAUGAUACGAUCCGCGCUCGUACGCGAGGCCAGUCUGUCAGCACGGCGGCUAGUCUCAACGCUGCAGCAGACGAGGGACCUACCACCCGCAGCAGCGUCAAGCACGAACCAUCCACACCCGCCGAAACGGUCGAAGUACCGGAUUCGAGAGAAGUCACAGCCACACCCGCCACAGGCAGAAUGACCCGCAAACGCCGCGGAACCCUGCAAUCCCAACCCCAACCCGCCUCCAAACGCAACAAACGCCAGCAGCACUCACCUUCCGGUGGCGGCCAACGCGAGGUCGAAGCAAAAGACCCCGGCACGCCACCUCCACGCCCGACAACGGUGACAGCUACCCGCAACCUCAACAAGAUCACAGGAACCCUUCUAGCUCGGAUCUCAGACCACAAGUACGGGAACUUAUUCACCAACCCCGUCGCGAGCAAAUUAGCCGAAAGCUAUAACGAACUCAUUCACCAGCCCCAGAACCUGAAACAGAUCCGACAGGCCCUCGCGGCGGGGAGUAAAGCCGUCUCCACCGCCAUUGAAGCCUUGGACACUGCACCCGAUCCCUCGACCACGAGCGUCGAACUCCCGCGUUCCGCCGACCUGGUGCCGCCGAGGGGGAUCGUGAAUGCGACGCAGUUGGAACGGGAGGUGCUGCGGAUGUUUGUGAAUUGUGUCUCGUUCAAUCCCGGCGAGGAUGGGUUGGUGGCGGAUGCGAGAAGGACGUGGGGGGAUGUGGAGGGGUUUUUUGGGGAGUGGAAGGUUUCUCAUGGGGUGGGGUUGAGGGAGGAGCGAGGGGUGGAGGAGCAGGAGGAUGGAGAUGUGGUGGAGGAGAAGCAGGGGAAGGCGGGGAAGAGGAGGAAGAUGUAG